CUCAGCUUGAAAUUAGUCUUGAAUCUAGCGUCCAGAAGUACUGAACGAUAAUUGUAUAGAAACGGGAACAAUAAGUUUUAUAAGUAUUUCAUUUUCUAUGGGGUUUAUAGUGUAAAAGAAUUGAAAAACAAAAAUCUUGGAAUUUGAAAGUGUUUUUCACAAUUUUCAUUCAUUAACCGCUCGUAAACUACUACGAGCCAACGAGUCCACGCCGAAAGCACAGAUAUUUUCUUUUGCAAAUCGUUAAGUGUUUGAAAAUGUUAAAAUCAUUUUAUAAAUUACUUUUGGCAUUCUUAAUCGUAAAUAAUGCCGCUUGGGCUUUGGAAAAUGGUUUAGCUCGUACACCACCCAUGGGCUGGAUGCAUUGGGAACGCUUUCGUUGUAUAACUGAUUGUAAAAGAUUUCCAGAUGAAUGUAUAAGUGAAAAUCUUUUUAAACGUACCACCGAUCUGCUAGUCGAUGAGGGUUAUUUAGCGGCCGGCUAUGAAUAUGUUAUUAUCGACGACUGUUGGUUGGAGAAGGAUAGAGAUAAUGUUACCAAUAAACUAGUAGAAGAUCGUUAUAGAUUUCCUAGUGGUCUCAAUCACUUGGCCGAUUAUAUUCACAAUAAAGGUGUAAAAUUCGGUUUGUAUCAAGAUUAUGGCACUAAUACUUGUGCUGGCUAUCCGGGUGUUAUCAAACAUAUGGCUUUAGAUGCCCAAACAUUUGCCGAAUGGGAUGUUGAUUAUGUUAAAUUGGAUGGUUGUUAUGCUGAUAUCAAUGAAAUGGAUCAGGGUUAUCCAGAAUUUGGUAGACUUUUAAAUCGUACCGGUAGACCUAUGGUGUACUCAUGCAGUUGGCCUGUGUAUCAGGAGUAUGAGGGAAAAUUGCCCAAUUAUGAAGCUUUAAAGGAGCACUGUAAUCUAUGGCGUAACUGGAAUGAUAUUGAUGAUUCUUUUGAAUCGGUGGCACAAAUUAUGGAUUAUUUUUCGAAAAAUCAAGAUAGAAUACAACCACAUGCGGGACCAGGUCAUUGGAAUGAUCCCGAUAUGUUAAUUUUAGGCAAUUAUGGUUUAUCCUACGAUCAAAGUAAAUUACAAAUGGCGGUUUGGUCUAUUCUGGCAGCUCCCUUAAUUAUGUCUAAUGAUUUAGCUACGGUGAGACCAGAAAUUAAGGAGAUUUUACAAAAUAAACACGUCAUAGCUGUGGAUCAAGACCCCUUGGGCAUUCAGGGACGUCGUGUUUUGUUGAGAAAUAAAAUAGAGGUAUGGACUCGCCCUAUUACACCCGUUGCUGCCAACAAUCAAUACUCUUAUGCCGUGGCCUUUGUUAGUCGUCGUGCUGAUGGUGCUCCCUAUCCUACUAAAUUUAAAUUAAGCGACUUAAAUUUGAAUAAUAAACUUGGCUAUACGGUUACGGAUCUGUAUGAUAAUAACAAGAAUGUGGGUACUUAUAAGCCAGGACAUGUUUUCCAAACACGUGUUAUACCCAAUG